UACAUCUAUUCAAAUUUAAUUAAAUGCCUACACAGCGACUGCUUGUGUGAUUUUGCUACAAAUUCUAACCUAGCGUACAUAUGCUUAAAAAUGCCGUUAACGCGGGAAUCGGCCCGUGAGCUUUGUCGCACCUGCCUGCUCCAAUUGGACAAGGAAGACAUCAAAUCAGAGCUUCAAUCAGAGGAGAUCCCAAUCAGUGCGGAGGUGCAACAGUUGCUGAACAUAAAUCUUUCCCAGGAUGUGGAAAGCCAGGACAUGGAGCAGUGGCUGCCCAAUGAACUGUGCUUGGAGUGCCGCGCUUUAGUUCAGAAUUUUGAGAAGUUCCGCAGAAAAGCCGAUGAUUGCAGAAAGCAGUUGCUUGAAAUGCUUAAGGAAUCGCAGGAACCCACUUUUGAGGUGGUCUACGAGGACAGGGAGCAGGACGAGGGGUCGCUGCAUAGCUUGGAUCCCCCAGAACCCGAGCCCGACCCAGAUCCUAUCGAUGAACCGGCUUUAAACACUGAUACAUCUUCCAGGAAGUCCUCCAGAGGCUCAAAAAACAAUCUAAAGUGCUCCCUGUGCCGACACAGCUUUGCCCACCAGAUCACCCUCUCAGCUCACAUUCGCAAAGUCCACGAAGGCAGUAAACGACCCUUUCAGUGCGACCAAUGCGAGAAAGCAUAUAGUUUUAUGGGCGGUUUGUACACCCACAUUCGAGAGGUGCAUGCUCCCAAGGAGCGACGACAUCCCUGCGAUCAACCAGGCUGCGAGAGGAUCUACACCAGCCGCAUAGCCAUGCAAAAGCACAAAAGGCUUAAGCAUAGUCCCCGAGACAGGGACGCGUUGAAGAAGUUCAUCUGCGAGCAUUGCGGUGCUAGCUUUAAUCAAUCAGCUAAUCUUAAGUAUCAUCUGAAAACGAAGCAUCCCACCGAAGACGAAGUGGCUGCCAAGGAAGGCGGUGCAGGGGAACGUCACUACUGCGAUAUUUGCCAAAAGGAGUUCCAUUCGCGAUACACUCUUAAAUACCACACUUUGCAGCAGCAUGAGGGACAGGAGGAGCUACCCCACGAAUGCCAGGUCUGUGGCCGCCGGAUGGCCAAGAAGUUCAUGCUGCUACAGCACAUGCUGAUGCACUCCAGCGACAAGUUACCCUGCGAGCACUGUGGCAGGCGCUUUGCCAGAAGAUUCGAACUGGAGGCGCAUGUAAGGGCAGUCCAUCUGAAGCUCAAACCCUUCGCGUGUCGCCAUUGUCCAGAAAGCUUCGCGUCAAGGAAAACAUUGAGGCACCAUGAGUACAUUCAUACGGGAGAGAAACCCUACGUUUGCAUCACCUGCGGACAGGCCUUUCGACAGCAGACGUGUCUCAAGAACCAUCGGAAGGUGCACGAGAAGUAGCGUAAGCUAGCCUUACAGUAUUUUUAUGAAUACAUAGUUUAAGUUGAA